CGGAACAAUGGCAUCGGGGUCCGCUUUCAUAAAGAUAUGCGCGCUUUAAAGGUGCUUUAAAAGCUCAGCCACCGGCGCCCCGCUCGUCAGUUUCAUUCCGGUAUUCAAAUUGAAAAUGUCUCGACCGUGUUACAAGGCGCGAUUCAGCAGCGACGCAAAAAAAUACCGUGUUGUCUGGCCAAUGCAGAUCUACCGAUGCCUCCUAAUCCUUGGUGCGGUGUUUUUGGAAAACGUUGCGGACAGAUUAGAAUCCCGGGACACGGUCCUCGUGAAUUUCCAUCGCAGAUACAACGUCUCUAAAGUGGCGAUACUCCGCAACGACCGUUACCUACCCCCGGCGAACGUGCCGGAUUUCUCCUUGCCAGAAGUGAUCGAUAACAGAGCGCGAAAUGUCGUAGCGGCGACGAAUGAGACCAGAAACUACCUCAAUGUGUUGCAUCUUCCUGAACGGGAUUUCUUGCGAGCUCUCACGCGCAGCAAGGGCUUGCAGGACGCGAAAUAUCCAGAGAGCGGGUUGCAGCAUCCUCAUCACCGUCGACCUGCCUCUCCGCAAGGCAAACAUUCACGACAGACCACAACGCAGUCUUCUCUUCUUCUUCCUCCUCCUCUUCCUGCUGUCGCCAGUGAAACACCGCUGUCGUCUUCGGCGAAUCGCAUCAGCAUAGGAGAGAUGUCCUGUCAAAACACGGGAAAUGAAUUAUUCUUUAGAGCAUCUGUCAAGAUGCCGAAGAGCUCGGCUCCACCGGUGGUAGAUAACGUGAUGAGUGAAGCCUGUCGUGCGAUAGCAGUCGGGGACUCCUAUCGCAUUAAUUUUGAGAAGGAUCAGUUCUGGGACUGCGGAGUCGUCGAUUGUUCCGCGGACGGCGACCAAUCGUACUGCCUGGAUUUAAGAUUCCCGAUGAUCUCCGGACUACGAUUGAAGGACGACUACAGGGUGACGCUGCGAUGUAAGACCCAAGAUAGAAUCGCGUAUCACACGAAGCGGAUCAACGUGAAAACCUUGGAAGCGAAGGCGAGGAACGUACCGAGCGUGUUGAACGGCGGCUUCAAGAAUGCGCUGGACGUGGAUGUGGGACUGUUCAGAAAAACGUAUGGCUCGGAGAAUAUCUUCGACACGAGGAUACAGUCGGGCGGCACGGUCGUCCUCGGCGAGGAAGUUCUGCUGCGCGUGUUGGUCAACGGCGACGACGGUUGGAAAUACUCGAAGAUGGGCCAAGUGACGAUGCAUUACGUAGAGAUGAGGCAGCAGCAGGACGUCGUCAACAGCCUGUGGAUUCUCGACAAGGACGGCUGCUUGAAUACGGACGUGCGCGAGAUCUGUCCGCGAGAGCAAUACAUCGCGUCAUCGUUGGAAAGCUAUUUGAUCUUCCAGGCGUUCAUGUUUGAGGGUAUGAAAGAGACCGACGAGAUUUUCUUGACGGUGAAGACGAUAGCGUGCCUGGAGGCCGUCGACUGCACCCUCGAUUGUCCCGCUGGUCACGUUAGGCGCGCUCGGAGGAGCGCUACAAAUCGCAACAACACGGUCGAGUGGCAGGACGAUAUAGCCCUGCGAGUGGUCUUGCCAAAGUACGGCUGGCGAGCUUCGAAGAGUUAUUAUUUAGCGUUCUUAUUAGCGGCCUGCGCUCUGCUCACGCUGAUCAUCGCGUCACUGUGGUUCAUCAAAACUUCGUCUCGUCGAAGAACAUCGAUAAUCUGAGUACUCUUAGAGAUCCUGUGUUCUUGCCGCGGCUAUCUUGAUUAAUGACGUCAGAAGAGCAAGAAAACAUAUGCCCAAAAGUUGCGGGAUACGUCAAAAUAAAAGGAUAUGUCCAUAAAAUGACACCUGUGAUCGAUUGAGCACAUUUAUAAAGUAUUGCGGAAACUUUUCUUGUAUCCUGACAAUCAAUAAAUAACCGUCAAAUUAACGUGACAAAAUCAUGAGGAUUAAAAGUGAGUUAAGAAGAGAGGAAAUUUGCAUGUCAUGUUAAUUUUACGCUUAUUUACUGAUUAUUAGAGCAGAAGGAAAGUUUUUAGAACAUUUUACAAAUGUGUUCAAUCAAUCUUAACGUUCACUUUAUAGGCAUAUCUCUUUACUUUAACGUAUUUCGCAAAAAUUUUGAGCAUGUGUGUUUUCUCACUUCUGGCGUUAUCAAUCAAACGUUCCGAGGCGAGAGGCACUGACGAGGGAGCUUUAAAAUGUUCGAUCUAUUUAUAUUAGAAUCAGGAAACGAUUUUUUUCAAAUAACUCACUACCCAUUGACAAAAAGUAACUCGUUACCGUUACUAAUUUUGAAAAAUGUCGUUACUAUUACUAUCAAUCAAACAGUAACGAGUUGUUACCAUUUCCGUUACUGUUUUUUCAUCGAGUUUUUGAAGAUCUUUUUUAUAAUUUAUUAUUGUCCAUCUCAUAUAUAUGUUUUAUAUUUUAUAUUUUACAUAUACAAAAUAAUAGUGAAAGUAA